AUGCAGUUGAGCAUAUACAUGAAAAGAGCAUUUUACCCGUUAGCAAGUCGGUUAUCUAGCCCUGUUCAAGGAAAGUUGCCUAAGCGAGUAACAGCCGACGAGGCUGUAUCAACCAUAGCAUCAGGUGACCACAUUUUCGUUCACGGACCUGCCUCUACCCCAACAGAGUUAUUGGAAGCCCUUUGUCGUCGGGUCGACUCCCAUGGAAUUAAAGAUCUCCGGCCCAUACACAUUAUUCUGGGAGGAAAAGUACCAUGGACGGAUGAGAAAUAUUUUGGAAAGGUUCGUUCCAAUGGACUGUUUCUAUGCGGUAACGUGAGAAAAUUAGUUAAGCAAGGUCAAGCCGAUUACACGCCAGUAUUCCUAUCUGAUAUGCCCACUUACUUCUACAAUAAGACUUUUCCUGUUGAUGUAGCGUUGAUAUCUGAAGAAAUAAAAAUAGGCAAGCUCAUCGCGGAGAACCUCGUGGAAAACGGAGCCACCCUCCAACUUGGUAUUGGAGCUAUCCCGGACUCGACCCUUGUGGCUAUGAAGAAUCACAAGGAUCUCGGUAUUCACACGGAAUUACUCGGUGGAGGUGUGAUGGACUUGGUUAGAACCGGGGUAAUUAAUAAUACCAAGAAGUCAGUAAUGCCCGGAAAGAUCGUGACGACUUUCGCUUUUGGAACCCAAAAAUUCUACCGUUUCCUUGACAAUAAUCCUAUGCUACAUUUUGAUUGCUGCAGUUGGACGAAUCAUUCCGAUAUAAUAAGGGCCAAUUCGAAAAUGACUUGUAUCAAUUCCGGAAUAGAGAUCGACAUCACUGGCCAAGUCGCCUCCGAUUCCAUAGGAUCGACAUUUUACUCAGGAUUCGGUGGUCAGACGGACUUCAUGGGCGCUUCAUCUACAUCAUAUGAUGGUAUGGGUAAGGCUAUAAUGGCUAUCUCAUCCAGGACGGCUAAAGGACAAUCGAAAAUUGUAACCACUCUCAGUGAGGGAGCAGGAGUAGUAACCACGCGAGGGCAUACUCGGUAUGUGGUCACGGAAUACGGUAUCGCAUAUCUUGGAGGGAAGACUGUACGUCAAAGAGCCUACGAGCUAAUCAAGAUAGCUCACCCAGAUGAUCGAGAACGUCUUGAACGAGAAGCCUUCGAAAGACUCAAUGACAUCUACGUCCAUCCACAUGCAUCCACUCCCACCGAACUGCUGGAUGCACUAUGUCGUCAUGUGAAACGUAACAAUCUCUCCCGAAUACGACCAGCACAUAUCAUACUUCAGGGACGGAUUCCCUGGACAGACAGUGAAUACUGGGGGAAAAUCCGCUCUAAUUGCCUCUUCAUUUGUGGGAAUCUACGGCCACUUGUGAAUCAAGACAGCCGAGGCUUUUCGAGCAUGGGUGUUGAUAUCGACUGUUCUAGAACGGCAACCAGUAGCGCUAAGAAAAUCAUAGGUACGGUAAACUGGUCUGCUCUUCCUAGAGUGCUGAACAGAAUUUCAGCUAUCGUCAAUCCGUCAAUGCCAAGGACCUAUGGCGAUACAGUAAUCCAUAUCUCGCACAUCGAUUCUUUAGUCGAAGUGAAGGAUCGUAAAAUCUAUGCGAAACCUGAUCGAGGAAAGCCUAACGAGGUAGAACAAGCGAUCGGAAAACUCAUUGCAGAAAACCUCGUCGAGGACGAAGCUACUCUACAGUUGGGUAUUGGAGCGAUACCUGAUUCAACGUUGGCUGCAAUGAGAAAUCAUAAAAAUCUCGGAAUCCAUACUGAAGCUGUUAGCGACGGCGUACUGGAACUGAUUGAUGCUGGAGUGAUAACAAAUGUGAAAAAAUCCGUCAUGCCUGGAAAGAUCGUAACCAGUUAUGGAUAUGGAUCGCGGAAAUUUUAUGAUGUAAUCAACGAUAAUCCUCUUUUUCAUUUCGAAAGUUGUGAAUGGACAAACCGACCAGAAGUAAUACGAUCAAAUUCCAAAAUGACUUGCAUUAAUGCGUGCAUCGAAAUCGAUCUCACCGGACAGAUUUCUUCUGAUUCAAUCGGCAGAUUUGGAGGCCAAGUGGACUUUAUAUCGUCUGCAUCCACAACUUAUGAUGGCAAAGGUAAAGCAAUCAUCACCCUCCCUUCUCGGACAUCGAAAGGAAAAUCGAAAAUUGUCGGAACCUUGUCUCAGGGUUCCGGAGUGGUAACGACCCGAGGUCACGUGCGAUUCGUCGUUACAGAGUACGGAAUUGCGGAUCUAGGAGGAAAAAACGUCCGUCAAAGAGCUUAUGAGUUGAUUAAGAUUGCCCAUCCAGAUGACCGUCAGAUGUUGGAGAAACAGGCAUUCGAACGUCUGAAAUGUAUGCCUUCGCUCGACUGA